UUCGGCUCAGAACCACCGGAAUCAACGAAUCGCGGCGUUACCGGACUGUGCAGAGAAACCGAAGCGAUGUCACCCGCCAAGAAGUCGUCCUUGCCUCCCAGCUACUUUGAAGGCUUCAUCGAAAAGGAUGGCACGAAGUUGUGGACUUGUCUAAGAGGAAAUACCCUGUACUUUUACAAGGACAGCAAGAACCCCACAUACACUGAGAAACUGGAACUUGGAAACUUUGUGUCGCUCACCGACAAUCAAACCAAUGGCAAGAACUAUAGGGUGCCAACUAUGAUACUAAAACUGACGGACUGCAAUGUGAAACUGAAGGCAACAAGUUUGGAGACCCAUGAGCAGUGGAAGGGAUUCAUCCUCUCUGUGACGCAGCUGGAAGUACCCCGUUGCCUCACUCUUCUCCCAGGACAAAUCCAUGCCCUUCAAGAUGUGGUGUUACAAGAGACAAUGCGUCAGAACAUGCUAAGACAGACACUCAAACCAUCCGAUAAAGAAACGGAGAACGACUAUGAGGAUGUGCUCAACGUUAUGCCAAAGUGCUUCUACCAAGUGUCCCGUACAGAGGCGGAGAAUCUGCUGCGUAGACAUCCUCAAUGUGGUAAUCUGCUCCUUCGACCAAGCAGAGAUGGAAUUUCUAAUGCCAUUACCACAUGCCUAGAGCACCAAGGGACCACAAAAAUGAUGCACUAUCGGGUCAAACCAUCAGACGAUGGCUUCAUCCUUGAUGUGGUCCCACCGAUUUUCCGCAAGUCCCUACAGGACAUCAUUGACGCCUUUGUUGAGAAGACAGACAAGACAACGUCACCACUGAUCUUGGACCAAAGCUAUGAGGACACAAUCAGUUUUGUCAAGGCAGAAAAAGAAAGCGGUGAGCAAGUUUUGCAGAAAGCUACAGGGAGUUCUGUGCCCUUGGGUUUUGUCAAGGCAGAAAAAGAAAGUGGUGAACAUGUUUUGCAGAAAGCUACAGGGAGUUCUGUGCCCUUGGAAAAUAAAGAACCUCUGAAAAACAAGAACAAGACUCCAGACAAGCCACCUCGCACAAAUCCCAAGGUUAAGCCACUUCCUGAUCUACCUAAGAAAAACAAUCAAAAGGCACAAACAUUACCCCAAAUACACCCAAAGUCAAAUUUUGCUCAACAUGGUGGGUUUCAGACAUUACCGAAGAACUUCACCUCAAACUACAACUAAGACGGAAGCAACUUGACUAAGCAGAGAACCAAACACGUACGUCUUCCCUGGAAUUAAACACAAUGGUGAUCUUGCCAGGAAAUUAAAUGCCUCAAGACUGACUAAAUGAGGCUGGAUGUGCAAGUAUGGUGAGGAUACAGGUGGCAGGACUACUACUGUGACGUUAAAUUAUAUUAACACAUCACACUUGAUCCUGCAUGCGAAGCAUACGUUUCAGUAUGACGGAAGCACCUUCUUUAUGAUGGCACCAUUACACAAAUGGGUCCCCCUUCUACACCCACAGGAAAUAUGGGACAACAGAAGCACACUGAAAAACAAGAAGGUUCAAUUCAUGUCUCAGACACAGGGUCAACGCUCCUCUGUCAGGAUGGUUUAAAUAUAGGGGCUAUGUUACCUUGCAAGGCAUCAAAAGGUGGGAGAGGAAACCUGUGCUGUUAACUCUAAGAUUUAUAUGAAGUGCAGUGUAUGAUCAUCGCAUAUAAACAUACUUAGUAAUUGUCAUGGCUGUGCUGGUCAAAGGAUUCUGUUAUCCAAAAUGGUAUUUAAAGAUCGGUAUAUCAUAUAAUCUCAGCCUCCUUUCUUUACUUCUGUUUAAACACACUCAGGCAUCGGGACAAUGUCAAAACAUUUCUAAGUUGAACCAAAUAAAGAAAAA